CUCACCUCGAGCCACUCCAGGGUUAGCUCCAAACAAGCCGAGCAGAGCCACGCCUACCACAGGCUCCCCCUACUCUCCGCGGGGAGGUUAAAGUCCAGCUUGCGUGGGAACAAACUCAAAACUGUUAAAAGAUACAAGUUCUAAAAGAAUCUUGGGUGAGGCUCCAUUCUUCACUGUGGGCAAGCUUAGCGCAGUCAACCAAGACAAGCUACAUGGGAGGUAGCUUCACCCUUUCCACCUCUAGACUACAUUUCCCAGAAGUUCUUGCGGCUCUAAUCAACUUCCGUGAGAACGCGGCAACCUUUUUCUAUUUCUUGGGAAACAUGUGGCUCCCAGGCACUGGCAGGGCCCAUGGAGGAACCGUAUCUCCAGGAUGUGUGGGCUGUCUCCUGUGGGAACCCGACUCGGAGACUGCAUUUGGAGGUAGAAGACCCCCUGCAGCGAUCUGGAGAGGGGGAGCAGGGAUAUCGGCUUGGCCCAGGUUUAUGCGCGGGCAGUAAAGCGAAGCGCCAGGCGCCAUCUUGUCUGAGCCGACCUGCUUCCGGACUACACUUCCCAGAGGCCUCCGGAGGAACAGGGCCGCUCCUUCACUCGCCUGCCCGAUUCUCGGCCUCCCGGCAAGGGGAACUACAAGGAAAACAGCCCCAAGGAGGACUGAUCCUCUCCUGCAAUACUGAAAGCCAUGGCCCAGGGAUCAAUGGUGUUCAGUGAUGUGUCUAUAGACUUCUCACAGGAGGAGUGGGAGUGCCUGGACCCUGGUCAGAGGGACUUGUACAGAGAUGUGAUGUUGGAGAACUAUAGCAAUCUGCUGUCAAUGGGACUUUACAUUCCUAAGCCUCAAGUUAUCUCCUUAUUGGAACAAGGAAAAGAGCCCUGGAUGGUUGGCAGAGAGCUGACAAGAGGCCUGUGUUCAGAUCUGGAAUCAAUGUGUGAAACCAAGUUACUGUCUCUGAAGAAGGAAGUUUAUGAAAUAGAAUCUUGCCAGAGGGAGAUAAUGGGGCUUACAAAGCAUGGCCUUGAGUACUCCCGUUUUAGAGACAUUGUGGAAUAUAGAAACCACUUUGAAAAACAACUGGGAUAUCAAAGUGGGCAUUUCAGCCAAGAAAUACUCACUCAUGAAUACAUGCCCACAUUUAUUCAACAGACAUUCUUUACUCUACAGCAAAUAAUUAACAAUGAAGAGAAACCCUAUGAAUGUAAGAAAUGUGGAAAGGUCUUUAGUCAGAAUUCACAGUUUAUUCAACAUCAGAGAAUUCAUAUUGGUGAAAAAUCUUAUGAAUGUAAGGAGUGUGGGAAAUUCUUUAGUUGUGGCUCCCAUGUUACUCGACAUCUGAAAAUUCAUACUGGUGAAAAACCAUUUGAAUGUAAGGAAUGUGGCAAGGCUUUCAGUUGUAGCUCAUACCUUUCUCAGCAUCAGAGAAUUCAUACUGGUAAGAAGCCCUAUGAAUGUAAGGAAUGUGGGAAGGCCUUUAGCUAUUGCUCAAAUCUUAUUGACCAUCAGAGAAUUCACACUGGUGAGAAACCCUAUGAAUGUAAAGUAUGUGGGAAAGCCUUUACUAAGAGCUCACAACUUUUUCAACAUGUGAGAAUUCAUACUGGUGAGAAACCCUAUGAAUGUAAAGAAUGUGGCAAAGCUUUUACUCAGAGCUCAAAGCUUGUUCAGCAUCAGAGAAUUCAUACUGGUGAAAAACCGUAUGAGUGCAAGGAAUGUGGCAAAGCCUUUAGUAGUGGCUCAGCGCUUACUAAUCAUCAGAGAAUUCACACUGGGGAGAAACCCUAUGAUUGUAAGGAAUGUGGGAAAGCUUUUACUCAGAGCUCACAACUUCGUCAACAUCAGAGAAUUCAUGCCGGUGAGAAACCCUUUGAAUGUCUUGAAUGUGGGAAGGCCUUUACUCAGAACUCACAACUUUUUCAACAUCAGAGAAUACAUACAGAUGAAAAACCGUAUGAAUGUAGUGAAUGUGGAAAGGCCUUUAAUAAAUGUUCAAACCUUACACGACAUCUGAGAAUUCACACUGGUGAAAAGCCCUAUAACUGUAAGGAAUGCGGGAAGGCAUUUAGUAGUGGCUCAGAUCUCAUUCGUCAUCAGGGAAUUCAUACUGAUGAAUGCUUGAUAGUCUUAGCUUUUAACUUAGUCCUCCCCCGGCCCCACUGCCUUAUCUGCAAGGGAUAUGGUUCCAAGACCCUCAGUGAAUGCCUGAAACUGCAGCUAACCGCGGAGGCACGUGUCUGUUCUUGGGCGGGUGGGUCCAGCCCCCACGAGCGGGACCACCACGGCUUAGACUUUGGGUUCACCUACGCGGGCCUCGCCUCAGGGAGGGGUACCGAGCGCGCCCCCGGCCUGCGCGGGGGCUUCUGGGAGUUGUGGUCCAGCCGCCAGGCCCCCGCGCGGGGGCACCAGCUGCAGGGCCCUCUCGGUCUGCCGCGCGGGUGGGCUGGGCCGUUGCCGGGCACGCGGCCCAUGAACGUCUCGUACUGGCCUCCCUGCCCAAGACCUCCCAGGCGGUCGCCCGGAGAGGUGAGUCCCCCAGUCUUACGGGCUGAGGGCGGCGGCAAUAGGGAGAGUACCGGGUCGUGCGAAGGGGGACCAGGGAAAACCGAACGUCCGGAACUCGCGGGGUCUGGGGGGCGACAUAAGGGGGUUCUUGGUUCUAUUGAGAUGCGACGGUUGGCUGCGACUGCGUGUUCCCAGGUGAGAGUGGAUCUGCACAGACUGGGUGUCAGGGAUGAGAAUGAUGGGAUUCUCCCUUGGCAGGCAUCUCCAAGAGAAAAACCCUACAGUGGUCCCCAGUGUGGCCAAGACUUCAGGCAGCUCAGAAACCUUCUACUUCACCAGCAAACCCAUACAGGAGAGAAGCCCUCUCCAUACGAUGGGCGUGGAAGAGCCUUCAGGGUAAGGACAGCAGACCUUAACUUUCCCAGGCUCCUUCCCAGAGAAAAGGCCUACCAAAGCAUGGAGCGUUCCAGAGUAUCCAACUCAGGAUCCACUCUGAGAAGGCACAGGAAGGACCACAUGGGAAAGAAACCUCACACGCGUGAGGAAUGUGGGAAGGGCUUCAGCUGCAGUUCCAACCUGUCCAUCCACUGGCGCGUCCACACGGGCGAGAGCCCUUCAGGUGCCAAGACUGCGACAAGGACUUCAGCUGCAGGGCAGCCCUGCAGACCCACCAGAACCCCAUUGAUAAUGAGACCUGCUGUGUGCAAAGUCAGGUCUCGGAGUUCAGGGGUCGUAACACCUGGACGAGGACAGGGGGUCUCCAGCGCCGAGUGCAAAUCUCCUAGACGAUUCAGCCAACAGCGCGAAAGAUUGCAAAGUCAGGGUGAAGCGCCCAGAGGAAGCGUUCUUGCCUGGACUUCCAUCCUUACGCUGGGCUGGGAGGAGACCGCUGGACGUGGGACGUUCGGGUCCGCCCUGCGUGCCUGGGAAUUCGGCUGUCGCGACGGCGCGAGUCGGGACUCGGGCUGGAAACCCAAGCGGUUAAACCUCCAGCUCUUUCUGGUUUCCAGCCGGACUGGGGGGGCGCCCGCGCAGAGGCUGAUCCACAGGGUUUCUGACGUCCGACUGGCAGGGUCUUGGAUUUAUUUCAUAGCUUUGGAUGAGAGGCUUCAUACAGGCUUAGGUCCCUAUGCCAAAUGCAAUUUUAUCCUUGGAACACCACGGCGACCACUGGUGCAUGUUCAUUCAGACUCCGAAAUCUCUGAGAAAACUCGAGAUUGCAAGGCUCCGAAAUCUCUGAGAAAACUCGAGAUUAUGAGGUUAAAUAGCCUGGAAGGAUCAGAGCGAAUUUGCCCUAAGGACGUGCGUGGCCGGUGUCGCUCCUAUCCCGGAGUCCCAACAGAGUGUCACUCCACUGCUUCGUUCCGCAAGAUCUUUGCCCUGAGCUGCGCCCACUCGCCCCAUUCCGGACCCUGGUUUCUGCUCCUGGAAGGGCACACAGUGCGGAGCCUUGGCGUGGGUUACCCCAACUCACCCGUACCGCUGAAGCUUCGUUGCAUGAGAGGUGCAGAUGCCAGAGUCACCCGGCCGUUGGCGAAGCCUGCUCGCCCACCACCUCUCCAUCCCAAAGACUACACUCUCCAGAGACCCGCGCUGCCACUUCCGCUGUCCCUGGCGUUCUCCUUGCUGAGGAGUUUACGUAGCCGGAGCACUUCCGGUUGGUGGGUCCCGCCCACUCGCUGGGCUCUGGAUGGGAAUUGGGUUGUGCUGGUGAUUUCUGUAACACUGAACCCCCAGGUGUGGGGCUCCGGAGCCGACCCCGCCUUGACUGGUGGAGAGGGGCUUUUCCAUCUAGGCACGCUCUCGUUUCUUUUCACAUCCCCAGGUCUAUCUUCUGAGACCUUGCCCUUCUCCAAGGACAGCAUUCAGGAGACCAGGAAAAUGGCCACGGGGCUCCUGAAAGCCAAAAAAGAGGCAUUCGUGGCAUUCAGGGAUGUGGCUGUGGACUUCACCCAGGAGGAGUGGAGGUUGCUGAGCCCAGCUCAGAGGACUCUGCACAGGGAAGUGAUGCUGGAGACCUACAAUCACCUGGUCUCACUAGAAAUUCCAUUUUCCAGACCAAAACUCAUUUCUCAGCUGGAGCAAGGGGAAGAGCCCUGGAUAGAGGAGAGACAGCAUCCACUGGGCCUCUGUCCAGGAUCAAAGCUAAACAUUCAACCUUGUCCCCACUACCCACUGGCAUUCGCUAGUCAGCAAGGCCUCAGCCAGCAUGUGUGGUUCAGUCACCUUCCUCAGCUCUUCUCAAGUUUAUGUGCAGGAAACCAUCUCCCCCCGGGGAAGCACUAUCCAGAAGAUCAAAACCAGCAGCAGAAGCAACUCUUUGGUCAAACUUGCUGGGGUGACAAAGCAGAAAUUCAAGAGACAGAAGAAGACUCCAAGCCCUUGUUGGGGAGAGUAAGCAAAAGAGGCACUUCAGAGGCGUUGUCCAGCCCACGGCAAGAACAGCCAGUAAGGUCCAAGCAAGACAACACAGCGAUGGAUACAGGGCCCAGCCAAGACCAGAGGACAGUCCUUGGGGGAACAGACAAAGUGUUGCAUGGUGUAGAAGUCUCAGGAUUUGGAGCAAUCAAAUAUGGGGAGUUUGGCCUGGGCUUUAUGAGGGAGUCAAACCUGCUCAGCCUCCAGAAGAUGCACAUAGGGGAGACACCUUAUGUGUACUCCGAGUGGGGACAGAGCUUUAGCAAUAUGUCAACCCUCAUCAAAAACCAGAGGACAUCCUCUGGGGACAAGCCUUAUGUGUGCAAGGAAUGUGGACGAGGCUUUACCUGGAAGUCAAACCUCAUCACACACCAGAGGACACACUCAGGGGAGAAACCUUAUGUGUGCAAGGAGUGUGGACGAGGCUUUACUUGGAAGUCAAACCUCUUCACACACCAGAGGACACAUUCAGGGGUCAAGCCGUAUGUGUGCAAGGAAUGUGGGCAGAGCUUUAGCCUGAAGUCAAACCUUAUCACACACCAGAGGGCACACUCGGGGGAGAAGCCUUAUGUUUGCAGGGAGUGUGGGCAUGGCUUUCGCCAGCAUUCACAUCUCAUCAGACAUAAGAGGACACAUUCGGGAGAGAAGCCGUAUGUGUGCAGGGAGUGUGAGCAAAGCUUUAGCCAGAAGUCACACCUCAUUAGGCACUUAAGGACACACACAGGAGAGAAGCCUUAUUUAUGCACAGAAUGUGGGCGCCAUUUUAGCUGGAAAUCAAACCUCAAGACACACCAGAGGACACACUCAGGGGUUAAACCUUAUGUAUGCCUGGAGUGUGGGCAGUGCUUUAGCCUGAAGUCAAAUCUCAGCAAACACCAGAGGUCACACACAGGGGAGAAGCCAUUUGUGUGCAGGGAAUGUGGGCGGGGCUUUACCAGGAAAUCAACCCUUAUCACACACCAGAGGACACACUCAGGGGAAAAGCCAUUUGUAUGCAGGGAGUGUGGGCGAGGCUUUAAUGAUAAGUCAACCCUCAUUUCACACCAGAGAACACAUUCAGGGGAAAAGCCUUUCAUAUGCAGGGAGUGUGGUAAAAGGUUUAGCCAGAAGCCAAACCUCUUUAGGCACAGGAGGGCACACUCAGGUAGCAUACCCUUUGUGUGCAGGGAGUGUGGGCAAAGCUUUUGUGAUAAGUUAACUCUCAUCACACACCAGAAGGCACACUCAGGGGGGAAGCCUCACGUGUGCAGGGAGUGUGGGCAAGGCUUUGGCCGGCAGUCACACCUUAUUAGACAUCAGAGGAUACAUUCAGGAGAGAAGCCUUAUAUUUGUAGGAAGUGUGGGCGAGGCUUUAGUCGGAAAUCAAACCUCAUCAGACAUCAGAGGACACACUCAGGAUAGAAACCUUGUAUGUACGAGUGUAGUGAAAUCUUUAACCAAGACUCAUACCUCGUGAGAUGCCAGAAGUCACACCUAGGGCUGUGGCUUUAGUAGUAAGUCAACCAUUGCCAGACACCAAAGUGGAGACAUCUUAUGUGUGACAGCAGUGUUCACGAGCCUCAUGGUAAGAGUCAACAUCUCCAGGCCACAUGAAGGAGAACUGCUGGCUCAUUUUCAGGAGCUCUGGCAUGCCCUGGUGGGGGUGGUGGGUUGUGGAAGAUCUGUCAGGUAACGUGAUGGAAGGGGUACUUUUAAGUAGGUUGAAAUUAGGGAAUGGAGGCUCUUCUAAUGUCAUUUCCCAAGAAUACUUGGACACUCCUUAUACAGUAGCCUGGAUGUUAGAGAAACAGCGACACUAGAGCUCAUCUCUUAAUGUCUGCCUUACCUUCUGAGAACAAGAGACUUGACAGAAACCAUGGCUGACUUAAUCUUGGUUUCCCAGAGCAUGACCCAGCAGAGUCAGCUUCAGGGAGAGUUUGGGAAAUGGUGAAUUCAUGGGAUCAGAGAUGGUGCAUGGGUAGAAGAAGGUUUUAUCAUGCAAAGAGCUGACUGGUGAGAAAGACUGUGACUAUCCUGGUUUUGGGAAGAAGUAACCGUUUUUGCUUGUUUCCUGGGGCCCUCUCUGGUUUCCAAGUUGAAUCCAUUUUGAAGAUAUUUUUAUUUACUGGUGUAUUUAGAUUAGAAAUGUAUCCUAUGCUUUCAUGAAGAAAACACCCAUAUAUGGGAAUAGAAAAUGAAAUUACUUCCUAUUCUUCUUUGAAUUACCAUACUACAUCCCACAGGUAAUUCUUUGGUUUAAAUCUUUUUUUUUUUUUUUUUUUUUUUUUAAAGAUUUUAUUUAUUUAUUUGAGAGAGAAUGAGAGAUGAGAGCACGAGAGGGAAGAGGGUCAG